CCAUAUGUAUCAAAAUAUGCUAUUUUUGGUCUUUCUUAAGGCUUUUUUCCAAAAUAAGUAAAGGAUGAGGUUUCAAGCGACCAUCAUAUUUGCGACACAUAUUACUAUUUGCACUUACUUUGCUAUUAUUUAAAUACUUUUCAAAGAAAAAGAAAAAAAAGAAGAAAACAGGAAAAUUUGUUCCACACCAUUACCAUAACUACAACGAGAAGAGGAUCUUUUUAAGGAGAAAGCAGAGAGAGAAGAGAGGAGAGUGUGUGAGUUUUGUCUUUUGUUUCUUUUAUUACACACAAAUAGAUGAAACGAGGAAAGCUACUCCUUUUGCUACUUCCAUAAAAAGACGUGCUUCUUAGUUCCCUCUUCUGUUGAUCUCCUCCUUACAAGCUUCCUGCUUAGGUUUUUUAAAAUACUUUUGGCCAUCGGGAAAAUUAAACAAGGAGUAAGAAAUGGUGAGGGGAAAAACUCAGAUGAAGCGAAUAGAGAAUGCAACAAGCAGACAAGUGACUUUCUCUAAGCGAAGGAAUGGUUUGUUGAAGAAAGCCUUUGAGCUCUCAGUGCUUUGUGAUGCUGAAGUUUCUCUCAUCAUCUUCUCCCCUAAGGGAAAGCUUUAUGAAUUCGCCAGCUCCAAUAUGCAGGACACCAUAGAUCGUUAUCUGAGGCAUACCAAGGACCGAAUCAACACCAAGCCGGUUUCUGAAGAAAAUAUGCAGCAUUUGAAACAUGAAGCAGCAAACAUGAUGAAGAAAAUUGAACAACUUGAAGCUUCCAAACGUAAACUCCUGGGAGAAGGCAUAGGAUCAUGCUCGAUUGAGGAGCUGCAGCAAAUUGAGCAACAACUUGAGAAAAGUGUCAAAUGUAUUCGAGCAAGAAAGACUCAAGUGUUUAAGGAACAAAUUGAGCAGCUUAAGCAAAAGGAGAAAGCUCUAGCUGCGGAAAACGAGAAGCUCACUGAAAAGUGGGGAUCUCAUGAAAUCGAAGUUUGGUCGAACAAGAAUCAAGAAAGUGGAAGAGGCGAUGAAGAGAGUAGCCCAAGUUCUGAAGUAGAGACACAAUUGUUCAUUGGGUUACCUUGUUCUUCAAGAAAGUGAAGAAACUACUCUCCCACCAAACAAACAAAAAAGAAACACCCCAAGUAAAAACAGGUUUAGCAGUGAGUGUUUAAGGACAUGUAAAAAAAGUCUAAACUGCUUGUCUUCUUUCUCUCUCUCACUCUCUUCUUUAAUGAUGUUCAUCAUAUUCUGCUAAAACCGAACUGCCUUUAUGUAUCUAUGUUCUUACACUUGCUUCUCUAGAAUAUAAUCAUGUUUAUUGUUUACUUUCAACUUUUUUUUAUUAUAGGUAUGCGAUUUGAUUAAGCAAAUAUCGACUUAAUCUUAAAUACUAAAUUACG